UCAUCUUCGAGCAAGGCGGAGUCGAAGCCGCGGUCGCUUGCCGUUGCCUCUCCGUGCCCCUCUCUCAGGCGCUGAGGCUCGGGGGCUUGGCUCUCCGUCUGAGGGGACAGCGAGGCAGCGCGGUUGGUGGCCGUCGUCCCCGCCGGCAGCAGCAACAGCCUUGGGAGGAGUGACCAGAAGCGGCACAAAGGAGCGACCGGCGGUGGAGCCUGCUCUGCCUGUGGAGUCGCCAUGAGCUGGGGCACGGAGCUGUGGGAUCAGUUUGAUAAUUUAGACAAGCACACACAGUGGGGCAUCGACUUCUUGGAAAAAUAUGCAAAAUUUGUUAAAGAAAGGAUAGAAAUUGAACAGAAUUAUGCAAAGCAACUGAGAAAUCUGGUGAAGAAAUACUGUCCUAAACGUUCAUCCAAAGAUGAAGAACCCAGGUUUACCUCAUGUAUAGCCUUUUAUAAUAUCCUUAAUGAACUGAAUGACUACGCAGGACAGCGAGAGGUAGUAGCAGAAGAACUGGGACAUAGAGUAUAUGGAGAGCUGCUAAGAUAUUCUCAUGAACUCAAGACUGAAAGGAAAAUGCACCUUCACGAAGGUCGAAAAGCUCAACAAUAUCUUGACAUGUGUUGGAAGCAGAUGGAUAAUAGCAAAAAGAAAUUUGAGAGAGAGUGCAGAGAAGCAGAGAAGGCUCAGCAGUGCUAUGAGAGACUGGACAAUGAUACGAAUGCGACUAAAGCGGAUGUUGAGAAAGCCAAGCAGCAGUUGAACCUGCGUACACACAUGGCUGAUGAAAACAAAAAUGAAUAUGCGGCACAGCUGCAAAAUUUCAAUGGUGAACAGCACAAGCAUUACUAUAUUGUCAUUCCUCAGAUUUACAAGCAUCUUCAAGAAAUGGAUGAACGAAGAACCAUCAAGCUUAGUGAAUGUUAUAAGGGGUUUGCAGAUUCUGAGCGCAAAGUUAUUCCAAUAAUCUCAAAAUGUUUAGAUGGAAUGAUUUCUGCAGCAAAAUCAGUUGAUGAGCACAGGGACUCUCAAAUCGUAAUAGACUCCUUCAAGUCUGGUUUUGAACCUCCUGGAGACUUUCCUUUUGAAGAUUACAGUCAGCACAUUUACAGGACAGUCUCUGAUGGAACGAUUAGUACACCAAAGCAAGAAGGGAUGAAAAUCGAUGCAAAAACCACUGUGGGCAAAGCAAAGGGCAAAUUGUGGCUUUUUGGAAAGAAACCAAAGGGUCCUGCACAGGAAGAUUUUAGCCACCUGCCCCCAGAACAGAGGCGAAAGAAGUUGCAGCAGCGGAUUGAUGAACUUAACAGAGAACUACAGAAAGAGACGGAUCAAAAAGAUGCACUCAUCAAAAUGAAAGAUGUGUAUGAGAAAAAUCCACAGAUGGGAGAUCCAAGCAGUCUUCAGCCAAAAUUAGCAGAGACUAUGAACAACAUGGACCGCCUUCGGAUGGAAAUACACAAGAAUGAGGCUUGGCUUUCUGAAGUGGAAGGCAAAGUAGCAGCAAGAGGAGACCGAAGACAUAGCAGUGACAUCAACCAUCUUGUAACGCAAGGAAGAGAGAGCCCUGAGGGGAGCUAUACCGAUGAUGCAAACCAAGAAGUCCGAAGUCCACCGCAGCAACACAGCCACCAUAAUGAAUUUGAUGAUGAGUUUGAAGAUGAUGAUCCCUUACCAGCUAUUGGACACUGCAAGGCUAUGUAUCCAUUUGAUGGUCACAAUGAAGGUACUCUAGCAAUGAAAGAAGGAGAGAUUCUGUACAUUAUAGAAGAGGACAAAGGGGAUGGCUGGACAAGAGCUCGGAGGCAGAAUGGAGAAGAAGGAUAUGUGCCAACUUCCUACAUAGAUGUAACUCUAGAGAAAAACAGUAAAGGUGCAGUAACUUAUAUCUAAUCUACAGAGCCCAUCACCAAUGAAUACUGAAGCAUACAAUUGGAUGGAAAGUAUUAGAGCAUUUAGGAGACCUCAUUAAUCUCUUGUUCACCAUGUGAGCUCAACCUGUUCCCAAUUCUGAAACUGGGGAAAUUCCAUGUUUUGAUGAGUUUGUUCUCCUCCUGGCCAGUGGCAUCUCUCUUGUUUCUCUUCCUGCCUUUAUUUGCACGAAAGCUUUUGAGUGUUCUCUUACAAACAAUGGUCAAGUCAACAUAUUGUUACUGGAUUUUUAUAAUAUUUGUAAAGAUUUCUACUUACUUGAAGAUAGUUUAAUUAGGUCAAUGAUUUAAAUAAUGCAGUCUUGUAUCACAUUAGAGUUCACAGUUCUCUUGCUGCAAAACAAACCCCCCAAGCAAGAACCUGUUCUAAGUACAAAGCUUACCUAAUAAAAUAUUCCCAGCCCAGAGAACAGUUAUUUCUUUUAUUUUCCAAGUAGAAGCCCCUCUUUUUUUCACUCCGUGCUCCUUCUUGCGUAAUGAGUAUUUUAAAAAAAUCCACACCGCUUGCACCCGGGAUAUGGAGUUGCAGUUCAGAAAAUAAAGAAAAGCUCCUUACUGCAGGUGUGCAAGCCAUUGCCCGUGCAUAAAUGUUCUUGGGGGGGGGGGUUACAGACAUUGACUUGGAUAUUAUGCCUUACCUACUUCCCUCUUUCUGCUGUUCCCCUGUGGGUUAGGCGGCUUCCAGAAAAAUCGAGGAGGCCAAAAUGGGGGGCGGGGGGGGGCCUGCAGUAAGAGGAGGGAAUCGCUGAAAAUUGCCUUUCCCCUUUUUCACAAGCAGGAGUCCCUACUGCACACAGAAAGGGAGCUGACUAUCUAAGCCAAUGUUUACAAGUCUCCUUAUUCUAGAAAUAUUUUUGCUGCUUUUACUUUGGGAAUCAGACCCGUACUUUCCUAUGCACAAAAGUAAAAGUGCAGAAGAUAAUUGGGAACACGCACAGCUAAUUGUGGGAUUCAUAUGCACUCUGUGGCAAUCUGCCCCUGAGUUUUUUUUUUCUCUGCUAGGAACUUUGGGUAUUAUAUGUACUUGACAUGCUUUCUCUCUUCUGGAAAGUGCUGUCAAGGUUAUUUGUUAAAUCAUAACUUGUGUCCCCAUUCUCUUGUGCCAGUGCUCUUGAAUGCUCCUGGAAAAUGUACCUUCCAGAAGUGCAGAAGCUGUUACUUCUCAGCUCAGCAGACCAGGCGUGCACAGGCAUGCACCAUCCCAUUUGUUCCAGUGGGCAGAGCAGAUUUACAUGUGCAAGGGGCAGGGGCAUACAGAUCAGUUCCAUUAAAUGAGUGGCCAAGCUGUGUUGAAUAAGGAAGCUUUGUGUGUGGAGCAGAUCACUGGAUCAGGGCAUUAGUCUGUUGACUAAGAUGUCUAUAAGUAGAAUUUUCUAAAUACUGUUACCUUUGUAUAUUUAUAUAAAUAAAUGUCUGGGAGGGAGGGAAGGAGGGAUUUCGAAGUCAAGUUGUACUACUAUGCAACUUGAUGAACCUCUGCUGGGAAGUAUGAUGUGAAAAAGUCUGAAAAGGAUUUGCAUAAUCCCUUAUGUGUAGAGUGUUUAUUCUUUCAUCACUUGAGAGAAAUAUCCCCCCCCCAAAAAAGAGCACACUUCUUUCUUUGCAAAAGCCUCUGGUAAUUCUCUUCUGUUCUUCUUUUUUUCCUUCUUGGACUGCAGGUUCCUGAAGCGGGUUUCUGAGAAAAUGGGCGAGAUGUUGAAGGAGGUUACAUGCAGCUGCUUUGGGGGGAGGGUGUUAGGCCCAGCAAGAUGGGGCGGGGGGGAACCAGUUGCAUGAAGGCAUGCAGGCAUACAUUUCCAUUAACAAUGUUAGCGUUGCUGUGUAUGUUCAGAGUUUCUGUGGCAAACUUAAAGCUCCAUUCCAGCCAAACAAAAACCAUCCAGAUCUGAAAAUGCACUGUCUUCAUAGUCCUCUAAGUGCUGAACAAUUUUACUUGCAGUACACCAGUUGCAUUGUAUAUUGGCUGUUUCAGCUUCUCAUUCUCCAUACCCAUUUUGACUGGCAUUCAGUUAGAAUCGUGUCAUUUAUCAGUCAGUCUCUGCCUGUGCCACCUCCAUGCUCGCCCUAACCUUCUCCUGCAUGUUUAGGUAUGUGUCAGACAUGCCUGCCUAACGUUUUGUAUUUCCAUAGCUCUUCCACCUCAUCUGCAUUUGUAGCAAAACCACUUUUCAUGUAUCUCCAGCACUAAAGUUUUUUUUUUAUUCCAGUACCAUUUAUGCUGCUAUAACUUUUCCCCUCUUUGUUGUGACCGUCAUUACAUUCCAGUUUUUUUGGCAUUUUAACUGAUGCGAACUUAACAUUCAUUUUGACCUGGGAAAGGAACACAUCUCUGUGCUAGGCAACUGCAGCCGAGCUCCAGCACCUCACCUUCUCCUGAGCACUGAAAACCUGGGAUAACAGCACAGAUUUUCCACUACAAGACAAAAACGACUGUUUUCAGAAGUCACGUGCUUGCCAUUCAGACGCUGCCUUAAACUCUCGAGUGCCUAAAUCUGUUGAUUUGCCAACACUACCACUUCAGUAUCCCGCAAAGGGCUUUGGGUCUCAGCUCCAUACGACCUCCUCUGUCUUUCUACAGUGCUGCAGCUGCUGAGGUAGCCAAGGUAGAUGUUUUCUGGAGCUCUACCAUAACAUGAUACAUGGUGCAUUGGAAACUUUAUGCAUUGAAAACUAAAUACAUGUAUCGGUUUUGUUUUCCGUCUAAUGAAUGUUUUUUUUAAUAGGAUUUUUAAUGGAACCUUUUUUCUUGAUUGUCUUUUACUUUUUAGGGUGGGGGUGGGGGAGGGAGGGAGGGGGAGACUCCAGUUUCUAAUUAACUGCAGUGAUAGUCUGUUUCCAAGUGAUGCUUCAUUGUAAGGACCAGUCGAAAAUUGGAGUGAUGACUUUGUAAUGAUCUAUGUGCACUUUUACUUGUAAACAUUGAGAUUUGGAAAUGUUUAUACAUGUAAAUAUAGUUGUCUGCAGCACCCCAAUUGUUCAUGUUGUUUUGUCUGCCAUUUGUGAAUUCUGUUAAUGAGACUGCCCUACAUCUAAUUAAAUACGGUAAUCGUUAGGAUAUGGGAAGCUGGGGAGGGGGAGGGAGAAGCCACUUUAAACCCUCAUAAAACUGGCCUUUUAUUGUUUGUGGUAAAAAAAAUUUUAAAGUUUGUUUUUCUAUGGGUGGAAAGAGGGUUGAAGCAAUAUUUGGACACAGUGCUGGAUUCCUGUAGGGCUUUUUCAGUGUUAUUAGCAGUUGUACUACCAGUAAACUAAAUCUGUGUGAAUAUCGUGUGGAAGUUUUUCUUCCUUUUUAUUAUUAAGUGUGCCAUUAUUACACAGAUGACACAGUGUAUUGACAUGGGGGGGGCAGUUAAACUCUAUAGGUUAGGCUUUUGGAUACUGUAAACAGGGUUAUUUAUAUAAAUGUGACCUUACUCAGUACUGACAAAACUACAUGGUAUAGCUUUUUGUUUGUUUUUAAAGGACAACCUAGGUGCUUUUUUGGUUUCAGACCUGAUGAGAAAAUGUUCUCAAUGUGUUUUUUGGGCAGGAGCUUUGUGGCUUUUACCUAAGAACCUCACGGGCUUCUCUUACACUUUUAGUAGAGGACUAACCGUUCUUUCGUGCUACUGUGUUUUUUUAGGACCAGAAUCUAUAUCCUCAGGAGAAGAUUUUCUUUCUGUGGUAUAAUACAACCUUAUGAGGGUUAGUAAAUAUAAGGGAAGGGAAAAACUCUUUGUACUUGCACAAUUAGCUGAAAUUAUUCUGAGAUUUGAACAUAAUGAAUUGUCUGAGUCUUAAAACUUUCCAGUAAUUUUUAAUCUUUUGUGCACGUGUUGAUUUUUAAAUGUUUAAAUGCUUUGUUAAAAAUAGUGGUUCUUUUGAGAAUAUUUUCAUGGAAUUAAAAACAAUCUUCUCACAGUC